UUUGGAACACAACGCUCGUCUAUUCGGCUCUAGGUUUCGGUGGUGCUCGCAGCUCGAAGCAGCAGCAGCAGCGUUUUGUGUGCAUUUCGCAUUCGCAUAUUCGCCUCUCGUCUCUCGUGCAGCAGAAAUUACAGCCCCAGGAAACUAAAAACUAAAACCCUCAAAUUUCGAAAUUCAGAAACCGACAAAAUUCAAACGAAACCGCUUAAAAGAUAUAUAUUUUCUCACUCGGAAAACUGCAGCGGUCAAAGUGCACAAAAAAAAGCAGAAAAGUGCGAAAAACUUUUUUAAUUAUUAUUUACGUUUUGUUUGUGUUUCGACGAGCAAAUGCACAAAAUAACUGUCCACUGUUAAAUGUUAAGUGUAUGUGCGUCGUGAGUGUUGCAAAACGGUUUUUCGACCAGUGAUUGGAAGCUUAAUGUCACUGUGAAAAUGCCUCAACGAGCCAAUCACAACACCAAUUUUAGCAACAUCAAGAAAAACAUUCAACGCCAACAAUACCGGCAAAUGCUACAAAAUGCCAAUCAAGCAACACAUUUUGAACAUUUAACUCUCUAAAUAAUACACAAUUAAAUUGAAAAUAAUUUCGUGAAAUUAUAAUAAUUCAAUUUAAAAAUGAACUAAACAAAAACAUUUUCGAAAAUUAACGCAAAAUUUUAAAAUUGGCAACAUAACUUUGGAUCUUUAUUCGAAUUCAACAAAAUAAUAAAUCAACAAAAACGAUUUUUGGCAAAGCUGCGCGCAACAUAAAACAUCAAAUAAAAUAACAAAUUUAAAUUAUCUCAAACGUCCACACGUGAAUAUGUUUUGCAACUAAGAUGCAAAACUAAAUAAAGUCAAUGUAAAUUUUUAAAAUCAACAAAAGAAUAUAUAAAACAAAACCGUCAGCAAAAAAAACCAGCACAAAAUCAGUUUUAAAAACCGGAGGGAAAUCUUUUUAGAACAAACGCAAAAAACCGCAAAAAUUUAAGCCACCAAAUUGGUAAACUCUUCAAAAUUAUUGGUUCGGACAUACGCAAUACUAAACACAGCAACACAACAACAACAGCAGCAGCCAUAGCAACUGAACAACAACAACAACAGCAACUACUACAGUGAUCACUACAGUAAAAGCAACCUACAGUAAAAAAGCAGCAAAGAAAACGUGUGUGUUAGUUUGCAUAAAAAUUUCGUUUCGAUAAAAAGCAAAGCAAAAAUAUUAAACAAAAUAAAAAAUUAUUACCAAUCGUAAUACAUGUAUUUAUAAAAUAUAUAUAUACCUAUACAUAUAUCUAUGCUUACAAAUUAUAUCGAAGAAUAUUUGGUAAACAAUUUUUGAUAAACAACUCGAGUAUAUAUACUUAAAUAAUUAGCAACAAAACUGAAAAAUAAUAAGAACAAAAAACGUUAGGCAAGGGAAGUGCAGUUUAAUAAAAUAAACAAAAAAACUUACAAAUUCAAAAUUAACAUUUGUGAAAAGUUUUACAAUUGAGGAUUCUGGAUUUGGAUUAAUACGAAAAUUUGCAAUUGGAUAUUAAGCAUUUGUCGUGUUCGGAUUCGGAUAUUCAGUUUUGAGACUCGGUAAAUUUUCUAUGCCAAAGCCAAAAAACGUAUCAUCAGCAACGAUUGUGGUGGCAGCAGAUGAAGUGAUUGGAAAACCGGAACAAUUAGCGAGAACGACACACAAGAAAUUAACUAAACAAUUGCAAAAUUCCCUUUGGCUAAGGAUUUGCAGCGGCCGAAUUGCUUUUAUGCUCUGCUGGCAGCUACAAAAUUCCACGAAAUUCCAUUUUGGCAACACGAAAACAAACAAAUCAAUUACCGAAAAACAUCAGCAGCAGCAGCAGCACAAAUAUCCAAAUAUUAUUGGCAAAAAUCGUAAACAAAAGCGUCCCCAUCAUCAUUACAAUCAUCGCCGUUCUGGCGCCGUUCAACCCACAACUUGGAUCCUGAGAGUUAGGCAAACCGAUACUGAAACGGAUAAGGAUAACGAUACGCAUACGCAUACGAAUACGGCAACGGAUCGGGACAAAGUAUAUAGUUUAGAAGAUAUCGGCGAUAUAGGCGCAGCCACGGAGGACGCACAACUACUGCUGGCAAAAUGGAUCCACAGCAGCAGUUCUGCCUCAAGUGGAACAGUUAUUCGUCGAAUUUGGCAAUAACAUUCUCCAAUCUGUUCAAAUCGGAUCUGCUGGCCGAUGUCACAUUAUCCUGCGAUGGCGCAGUAUUCAAAGCACACAAACUUAUAUUGGCGGCCUGCUCUAAGAAGUUCGCCGAUCUGUUCGAGAACACGCCCACAAAUGGCCAGUGCGUCAUCAUACUGGAGGCGACAACGCCGGACAACAUGGCCGCUCUCCUGGAGUUCAUGUACAAAGGCGAGGUCCACGUCUCCCAGGAGGCACUCAACAGUUUCCUCAAAUCCGCCGAAAGCUUACAGGUCAAAGGUCUGUCCACGGAGACGGGACGUCUGGCGGCGCAGCAGGCGCAACAGCACAUGGGCGACACCUCUCCCCUGGACUCGCCCACUGGCAGGCGGAGCAUACGGAACAGCCUGAGUGGCGGAGGCGGCGGAGGGAGUAGUAUAGUGCCCGGAGGAGCAGGAAUUGGCCUGGGGACGGGUGUGAACUCCAUGCCCGGCGGCAUGGGCAUUGGUAACGGACUGAGCCUGGCCGGAAUGGCGGCUGCCGGAGGAAUGGCGGCGGCUGCCAGUGUGGCGGCCAGCGGAUUGAGUGCUCUGGCGGCCAGUGCGAAUGCCCUGGACCGAUGUGGCAGUGCCGGCGGUGGCAACAUCAUCGGUGGCACAGCGGCUGGCAUCGGAGGUCCACAUGGUAACGGCAACGGAGGAGCGGGAUCUGUGGGCGGAUUGAGUGGCGGAGUCGGAGGCAAUGGAGUGGGCAGGUGGCAAGGCGGCGGCGGCGGCAACAAUGGACCCAUUAGCCUGGGAAGCGGCGCUGGCGCUGCUCAUCACCUAGGCGGUUCCACCGGCAGCUUGAAGCAGGAGUGCGACUCGCUGAUGCAUCCCGGCGGCAGCAGUUCCUCCUCCGGCAUGGGCUAUGUCCCGCCCAUCUACCGACCCAUCUCCUACGAGCCACUGCGCAAGCGACCCCUCCGCAGUCCGUAUCCCGAGCAGGAGCAGCGCGGCUCGGUCCUCAGGGAUGGCUCCAAGUCCUCCGAGUGCCCCAGCCCCAUCAACAAGCCGCCGUACCACCGCCCCUCCUCCAGCGCCUCCUCAACGGCGCCCACCGAGGCGGACACCAUGCACUCCGAACGCGCUUCACCACAGUCCAGUCGCUACGAGAACCACAGUCCCAGCACCACGGCGGGCAAUGGAAAUGCCACGGGUGGCCUGGAUCGCAUAGUGAAAUCGGAGCGCAAUAAUGGCAGUGCCAACGAGGCUAACGACGACGACCGCGAGCUAAUGGAUGAGUCCACAGAUAAUGGAGCUGAAGAUCUGCGUGUGAAGCUGGAGAACUUGAAGUACUCGCCACCGCCGCCUCCCAACUCGAACACCUCGUCGACCACGCCCAAUGCCCUGCUGGAGAACUUGAAGGCGGAUGGCACGUUGUCCAGCAAUCUGGCUGCCUCGAUUGCGCCGGCGGAUAUGCUGAAUGUGUGGAAUGCCACCAAGAUGAACAACAAGAACAGUGUCAACACGGCGGAUGGCAAGAAGCUGAAGUGUCUGUACUGCGAUCGUUUGUACGGCUACGAGACGAACUUGAGGGCACACAUCAGGCAGCGACAUCAGGGCAUCCGAGUGCCAUGUCCCUUCUGCGAGAGGACCUUCACGAGGAACAACACUGUGAGGAGGCACAUUGCCAGGGAGCAUAAGCAGGAGAUUGGAUUGGCGGCGGGUGCAACUAUAGCGCCGGCUCAUGUGGCGGCAGCGGCGGCGGCAGCGGCGGCCGCCAAUCAUUCACCAUAGGAAGCGGCCGCAACAGCAGCGGCAUCAGUAGUCAUCAACAACCACGCCCACAAGGAGGCGGCCAAGCAGCGCAAACGUAAAUCACUCAAAAUGGCAUUGGAGAAAUGCAUGCAGCGAAGGGAUGCAAUGGCCACGGCGGAUCAGGCCAUUGGAUCGGGAGAAGGAGAGGGGGCGGGAGAAGGGGCGGAAAUAGUAUCAGAUGGGGCAGAAAAGUCUGGAGCAGAGGUAUCAACAUCAGGGGAGCUGGUGGAGGGCGAAACCGAACCCAUGACCUACGAGCAACAGCAGCAGCGAAUGCACCAGGAGCUGACCCUGCAGAUCAGGGCAGCCAUGGCCGCAGAGCAGGCUGCCGAGGCCAUGGAUUCCACGCUGAACACCACGGGUCAUACGAAUAACACCACCACCACCACCACGACAAAUACCACAACCAAUACGACCAAUACGACCACCACCACCAGUGAUGGUUGCAGUGAGGCAGACAGUGAUCGUGCCAUGGAAGUGGACGAAGAGGAUCAGGAGCAGGCGCCAGAGCCUCAACCAGGAUCCGAAUUGGUAGUGGUAGAGCCCAAGAUCGAAGUACUCUCGGAGUCCGAGGAUGAUGAUGAGGAGGAUCGAUUGCACAUGUCCGAAGCGGAAGCCAUCUAUGAUCAUAUGCCUCAGACGCCCACCAGCCCACCAAACACACACUUGAUACCACCGCCCAGUGACACGCCCCAUUUGACCUCCACGCCCAAGGUCAAUGCGGAGUAGGCUGAGCUUAAGAAGAUGAAAAAGAUGAAAAAGAAGAAGCCCCCAAAGAAGCUGCUUAGUUUAAGAAUAAGUAACGAUGAAGAAAAACAUGAGUGAUUUACAAAACAAAUGAUUUACGCGCGCAAAAAAGAUGAUGUAUGACUACUAAUGCAACUGCUGUUGCCCUCGGAGAAAACAAAAAAAAAAACCGGAGUUCCCUCCACCAUUGAUUUAAAAACAUAAAACUAAAACAAAGAUUUACUUAUAAUAAUAAGGUUUAAACAAAAAAACAAAACACUACAGACCAGAGACAGACGAACACACAUCAACGAAGAGGCAGUAUUUUGAUGUCCAAAACUUUUUGCAGAAUUUUUAAUUGCUACAAAUUUGUGUUUAAAGCCACCAUCAACACCAUAAAAAAAUUAAACAAAACAUAAAGAAAUGUUAAAACAGAGUAAACAGAUUUAAACAACAAGAAAACAAUAAGAAACAGAACAGCAAAACAGUAACAUAGAACAUAGAAAUAGAAAUAAUGCAAUCCGGCUGAAAAAUCGUUUUCAGGGUGCUAAUUAAAUCAAACAAAAACAAAAAACACUCGCAAUGAAAAACAAAUUAAAUAGUAAAAUGCAAAAAGUUUGAACGUUUUUGAUUGGUACCGCCUAAAAACAAAUACGAAAGUGUAACAACAAAACAAGCGUCGAGAAUUUGUUUAUAUUCGUGUGUGUUUGUUGAAAAAAAGAAGGGAAUGGAGAUCAAUGAUUAGAUAUUAUUGUCGCAUAUAUAUUUUUGAUUUCCUAUAGAAAACGUCACAAAAAGUUGCCUCAAAUCAAACGAAACGAUAAAAACAAAAAAACUGAAUUUAACUGAAACGUGAAAAAGAAAACUAUGAGUAAAAACACUGCAAAAUAAACAAAUAGCUGCAACAAAAACAAACUACAAAGCAACAAUAGCAACAACAAAACCGCAACCACAAGUACCUGCAAUAAUAAAAUAGUAUAAAAACGAAAAAAAAAAAAAACAAAAUACAGAAUAGAAGAGAAACUAGUGAUGAUGAUGAUGAUGAUGAGGAGCUGCAAUUCCUAAAUCCUUGAGAACCCUGUUGGUUAAGUGGCUCUAAAACUUUGCCAAACAAUUGCCCAUUUGUCCGGUUUUUUUGUAAAUAAUUUUAUUAAAUUAAUAAUACGAAAAGGCAAAUUGUGCUUAAGCGUAGGGUGAAGUAAUAAGACCACUUUUCUGUGGGUUAUUCCAAGGAUUUCAGGAUCUUGGCUUGAAUACAGACAAGAAAAAAGAUUUGCUUUAAACGAAUAACGUUUUUAAGUUUCCAUAUUUUUUUAUGAUUUAUUCAAAUUUAGGCCUCAAAAUUUCAUUCAACUGCUUUUCGGCUACACAAAAUCUAAAAAACCAAAUACAAAUUCAAUUCCGUAUUCAGAAGUUUCUAAAGAAGUAAAAAAAACAAUUGGUAAAUUGGGUGCCUAUAAGAAAUAUAUAAUUAAAUGACUACUAGUAAAAUUUUAUAAACAAAGAAAAAGUAUAUUUAAAGAAAAGAAAAGAGAAGAGAGAGAGAAAAGCAAAUAGCAAAGAAAACGUAAAGUAAAUAUAAUUAUUUUUUAAUUGAAUAAUUCUAGCCAAGUGUGAAAAUAUUAAGCAAAAACCACUCAAAAACGUUCUCAAAAACUUGACGGCAACAACAAUAACAACAACAACAAACAGCAAACAGCAAUAAUUACAGCAUAUAAAAAACGAAAUUCAAAAUCAAAAUUUUUGGCACACCUUUGGAAAACAUUUUUCAUACAAAAUGAAAUUCACCAAAAGAGAAAUCCAACCAACAAAAAUUCAAAAUUUAUUUUUUCGGCAAUUAUAAUUUCGAAGGCUACAUCAAGGGGUUAAAAUCCCUAGGAAAAAAGAAACCAGCUGUAAAAUACUGAAAAACAGAAGAUAAACAUUUGUUGUAAGCAAAAAGAGAAGAAAAACUAGAAUGGAAAUCUAAGGAAAUUGCAAUUGAAAAUAUUGAGAAAAUCUGCCAUGGCGAUAAAGAGCCUUGGAUUGUAAAUACAUUUAUUAUUCACGCAUAUUAUAUAUAUGUGUGGCCUCAGUUGUGUAAUGAUAAAGCCUAGAUCUAAUAUAUAUAUAUAUAUAUAUAUAUAUAAUAUAAACUAUAAGCGCAUAUGUAGGAACACAUUAGGCUCGCCAACAGAAAAGGUUUUAUUUGAUUAGAAGCUAACUGAAUUUCAAACGAGAGAAACUGUCUUAAUUUUUAUACGUUUUCCGUUAGCAAGGCAAUAGAAAACACAAAAUAAGGGUGAACCAAAAUCCAUAGAACCGUAAAAAAGCCAAAAUGUUGAAUAUUAAACUACUUUUAUUAACUGUUGAAUCACCGAAACACACACACACACACAAUACACAAGUUAAAAUAGGUAUUUUAACCCAUAGAAGAUGCAGACUACCAAUUGUCACCCCCGAAACCCAGUUUGUUCUGUGAUAUCGUUUUGAAGUUGCAAAUGAAUUCGUCGUUUAGUUCUUUUUCGAUUCGUUUUAUGAAUAAUUUGUCGAGCAGAAGAGAACAGAAGGCAGAAAACAGCAAAGGCAACCAAGCAAACAAAACAAUAGCAAUAUUAACCAUUAAAGUCUGGCAAUAUUCGAAAACCAAACUACCUCUUCACACCCAUAUGCAGAUUAACCCCUGUUCGCCGUUGUCCGCUUGUUGGCACUACCCCCUCAACGUUCGCUGGAGUCUGAAUUACAUUUUAUUUUUAAGUACGUUGUUGGGGCAGCCAGAUUUGCGGUCUUUGGUUCAGGGCAAAACAAAAAAAACCAUCAGUCAGUAAUUCAAUCCGUCAGUCAGUGAAUCAAUCAAACAAUAUACUACUAUUUAGUAAUCAGGGGUUAUUUACGAUUAACCAUAAUUUUAAAUUGAUAAAUUUACUUCUAGUGUAUUUUAGCGCUUAUGUUACCUUAGUUUUUCGUUUCGUCUUUACUAUUAUUAUUAGAGUCUAAUCAAACUCAGGAACUCAUAUACCUCAGGAAAAGAACCUACCUCUUUGUGUUUUUAAACUUGUUUGAACUAAUUUUACUACUAUUAUUAUUAUUAUUAUUACGAUUAUAAUUUUUGGUUUGCAUGGGACAAACAAACAAACAAAACGAAACGAAACACAAACAUAUAUAUAUUUUGUUGUAAUCGAAGAGAUGCUAUCAAGGAAAGCUUUAGUUCUUAGUUCGAUUAUCGAUUAUCGCUUAGUUUACUAUAGUGGCUAGCAAUUAUGUUUAGAUGCAAAAGACACAAUCACACAAGAGCACACAAUAGCAAUAAUUAAUAGGAAAAACAUUAACAAAACCAAGACCAGAUCGAACUGCAAUAGUAAACUGAACUACCUCAACUAGCCAUAGACUGCGCAGUAACGAGAUGAGCAUGAUAUAAAAAACACAUGUAUGUUUUCCAGUUACCCACUUUAGUUUCCUCUUUUUUGUAAAAUGGUGACACUCAGACAGACCUUGCAAUUUCUUUAUAGACCAUAGACCUUUCUUCAUGUAUAGUAAAUAUGCGCUAAAUCCAGAGCCCACGAAAUUCAGAUGAAAAACAAAAACAUUUAAUGUAAAUGAAAAAACAACUACUUUUGGCUAAACUCUAAUUAUACGAAAAUAUCCAAAAUUUUUACUAUGUAUGUGUAGAGAGCAGAUGUAGGCGAUAUAUAUGACCAGGAUUAAGAUCAUUUGUAUACAUCAAUUUCGGCAAAGCAACUAAAUGAGGCAAACCAAACAAAAAAAAAAAAACAAAACAAAAACAAAUAAACAAACGUAACUCUUUAUAAUCUAACUAUAAACAAAAAUACAAAGAAAUUAUUUAAGGCUACAAAAUUUACCCCAAAAAGGAAUGAAAAAUCCACAAAAAAAUUUAUGAAACGAUCCCAGUAAAUGGUAUACUUUUGCUUGAGCCAAGUCCAAUGGCCAAAAUAAAACAAGAUCUGAAGCAAAGAAAAAAAUUAAAUUAAAUUAAAUUCAAAGCAAACCCUAAAAGGUUAUAAAAUUAAAAACAAAAAAAACAACACGAGAUGGAAAACAUUUUGCUAAAGAUGAGAAACAUUUUCUAAAAGAAACUUGCGUAAAGAAGCAAACACUUUACAAAACAAACAUUUUAGGCUUAAACUUUUGGCUAAAGAAAAAAAAUUAAAAUUAUAACAAACAUUAGGCACGAGCAAAACUCUAUGCAUGUGCAUCAAUUAUACAUAAAAAUUUAUUUGAAAAACAAAAAAAUGAAAAAGCAAAAAUACUUUUAUCUGUAAUCAGAUUUUAGGCCCAACUUUUCGACAAGCGGCGUAAAAUAAUUUCUUUGUAAAAUAUGUUUGCAAACAAAACAAAUCGAAAGAAAAAUCCCAGAGAGCGUAAUUAACUUAAUCUAAACGUAAAUAAUAAACACAAAUGUCGCCAUUUUGCAUUUAGAGCGUACAGUACAGUAAAGCACACAAAAAAACGUCGACUAAAGAAAAGUCACGAAAUCAAACAAUUAUUGUACAUAAAAUAAAUUAAACAAAAAUUAAUUGUGUAUUGUAUAUUCGUAAUUUUUCAGUAAUUUUUAGUUACCUUUUACCCCGCUUCAGUUGUAUAAAUUAAUUAUUAAGAAUAAAAGCAUAAAACAAAAUUGAAGCUGUAACAAGAAUACAAAUAUAUAAUAAAUGUAACGAUAUAUAAAUAAUAGUGUGCACAGGUACAAAACAAAAUUUAAGUUCAAUUUAAUGUGAAAUUUAGUGCACCGAAAACACAUUUUGUAAGAGCUCGAUGUAAUUUUUGUUAUAUAUUUUUGUUAGUAAUUGUUUUUCUAUUAAUAUUUAGCGUGAAAUGUCAAGAAGCAAAAUAACACGAAAAUGAAAAUCAAUGCCCCUCAACAAGCCAAUUGUACUUACGAUUACUUUUCUCUUUUAAUAUAAUUUUGCGACAAUAGAACCGAUUCCCCUUUAUACCCUUAAUAUGCUUACUUUACCUAAGUUAUUUCAAAUAACUAUAAAAUAAAAACCAAUGGAGAAAAGGAGAAAAGGAGCACAAACCCCAGUUUAAGUUUAAGAGGCAAAAUAAUGUAAUAUAUAUUUUUGUAUCAUUUUUUGUUCUGUUCGACCGCAACAAAUUGGCUUGUUUACACAUUUUUUCUAAUUUGUAACAAUUAUAUGAUAAAAUCUAAAUUUAUAAAAUAUACACACGUAAAUGCUAAAAAACAAAAUGCAACUAAAUAAAUGUUAAACCCCAGAAAAAAAAAACACAAAACAUCUCAUAAUUGGCAAUUUUUAUUGGUUAACCACUAAAUUGAACACUAAACAAAAUUCUUAUCCCCUACAGUACUGACAACGUUUUUGGACUCCAUUGAUUUGAUUUUGCCCCCGACGAACUUAGUGUCCCCCAAAAAAUGAAUAUAUGUAACGAAAAUAUGUAUACUAAAGUUUACGACUAUCGAAAGUAAUUUAAAAAUGAAAAAUAAUGUGUUUAGGCCUAAGCAACUUAACAGUUCAGUUCAAUACGAAAUUUGGCGAUAUGAAAAUGCAAAUGCUUAAUGAAAUUAGUUGUACGACUAUAUAUUCCCAUCCCCUCUCAAUGUGUAAAUCAAGUUGUUGUAAGUUUGUCUAUCACGAUAAAUCGAAGCAAGUACAAAUUAUAUUUAAUGUAUGUGUGUAUUUAAUUCUUUUUUUGUUAUAAUCCUUACACCCUUAGUUUUGUUUUCAAUUUAAACUUUUCAUUUUAUUGUGUAUAAAGUCACACUUGAAGACAUACAAAAAAAAACUUUUGGAACAAUGACGAGUACAAAAUUUCAGGUAAAACAAACAAAAUUUAGCAGAUAAAUUAAAAUUAAUUAAAUAUAUAUAGCGACGAAGUAUCGAUGAAGAAGGAAUCGUACAAAUUUUUCGGCAUAAAGUAUAAAGUUAAAAUUUUAAGGAUAACUGUCUCGGUUUGAAAAAAGAGACAGUUGGUGUGACUUUUAAGGAUUGAUUGAAAUUCAGUUUACCCACAUUUUUUGUUUAUUUUAAAUAUGUAAACAGCAACAGAACUUGAAUUACACAUGAUAUUACCAUUCGAUUUACUUUGUUCUGAACUGAAGAGUUUUCAAAUUACCCAAACGAAAUUUUAACCAUUUAAAUUCAAAAGAAGGCAACGGUCCACUUGAGAAGAAAACUCGAUACGCAUGCCAAUGUGUAUUGAAAUGUACUUUACGUGAAUAUGAUGUAAAUGUAAAAGAUGAUGAUAAAUGUAAAAGAGGUUAAACAUAAAAAGAAAAUAGUUUUAAAAAAACGCAAAUCCGUUUGGAGCAAACUCAGGGCAUUAUCAAGACUCACGACGAUGUAUACAUGCAUUUAAUACAAACAUAAAACAAAAACUUUUUCGAUAUGUAUUACGAUUAAAAUAAUAAUAAAAAAAGGCAUUCGAAAACGGAUGUAAUAAUCAUGCGAAACGAUUAUGAACAACUCAGGUAUUAAAUAUUAAAUGAAAUAUUUUUAAAAACUUAUAACUAAAUGAGAACGGCAGUCAAGUCAACAUUUUCACAAGUUGUGCAAUAUUCUUAAAGUUUUCUAAAUACGUAAUAGUAUUAAUAAUCUAAUAAUGCGAUCAUGGAAAGGAUCAGUGAGUUGAGAUGUUCAUAAGCAUGGAAUGGGAUUUAGAUUGAGAUCGAGAUUGAGGAGAUGAUUGAGAAGUUAGGUGAGUUUUUGAAGCACAUGAGGACUAAGCAUGUUCUUAUCUUACCCCUCUUUUUAAUAUUUUUUAUUUUUACCACCCACACAAAAUCAAGAACAACUACAACAAACUAACAUACAGACAUACACUUACAAAAACACACACAACAACAACAACUUGAAAAAAUAGUAAAAUAAAUAGCUAAAUGAAAAUGAGUUUAUAUAAAGAAGGAAAACAUAAAACUGUGAUUACAUUUGAUUGUCGAAGCGUUGAUAAGCGAAUGUUGCAUAAUUAUUGAGCGAAAAAAAACGAGAAAUACGAAAAUACGAAAUACGAUUGAAAAAUGGAGUUAUGUAUUUAUUAUUAUCUGAGAAACCGCUUUUGAUUUCGAUUAAUUGGCACAAUGUCUAAGAAUGCGACAGAGCAUAAGUAAAUAAAUAUUUAAUUAGCCGAAAUAUUAAACUUCAAAAGAACAACUAAGAAAUACAAAUUAUAAUUAUCUAAGUUAUUCGAGAUUAGUAGAAACAACCUGCCCUUAUUUUACAAAUACACAUGUCACCGUUUACCAAGGCUAAAUAAAAACUUAAGCUGCGACAAAAAAGUAAAACCUUCGAUUUAGUUCACAUUUCUCUGAACGAUUUCUGUAUGUAGUAGUGCACCUUAGUUAAAAAUUAAAGUCUGAGAUUUUACAUUUAUGUAUAUGGUCGAAGUAUACACACCUUACACGCGUAUUCGAAGCGCAAAUCUAAAACCAAAAGCGGUUAAUUAAGUUUACUGAACUACUUACUAACUAACGAAGCAAAAACCCACACGCAUAUUUGGCUAAAGUUAAUGUAAAAAUUCAAAAAGUCCAAGGAUCGAGGCACACUUUCGGAGCAGCCAUAUGAUUUCUAAAUAUGUAUGUAUGUAUAUCUGAAGAAUACGCAAGCGAAGCAGCUUAAAAUAUAUUUUAAACAUGAACACUCGGAUAAAAUUUACGAUUAUGCCAUACAUUUUUGUGUAACAUAUUAAAAAAAACUACAAGUAAGCUAAA